CCAAAUAAGAAUACUUGGUGCAAGUGGUACGGUGUAAACGUGUGUACAUAGAUUGAUCAUAUCAUAGAUGCUCAGGUUCCCAUCUCUCUUUAAUAAUAUUAUUAUAUUAUUAUUUGUGGUGGCUGCUCAUCAAACACUCGUCAACAAACCCUCAGAUUCGCACACAAAUCUCACCAAAAUCUCCACUUUUGUUCUCAUUUAACACAUACAAAUUCUCAUCAUCAUCAUCUUAUAUUCUAAUGGAUCGAUUUCGUAUGGUUUGUUCCAUCAUAGAGCUUCGAAAAGCUUCCUAGAGACCCUACUCGUGACCAAUUUCGGCCAGAAGUACAUGAGGUGCCGCCUCAAGCCCUUGGCGCGCUUUUUAAAACCAAGGUUGCAGAUACGGGUAACGCCAGCUGCAACUAGCAGUUUCACUUUUAGAGUUCUAUCUUAUGCCCUUAGAUUCAUUUCAAUUUCUUACUGCAAAGAACAAUGAGCCUGCUCAACGGAGGGGCUUCUACCAUUGACAAAACACUUAACACAACAACAGGUAAGGCAAAAAGUUUAAAUCCCGAUGCUGCAGAAUUCGUUCCAUUCGCUCUGCGAUCAUCUUCUGGAAACCCAACUGCUGCAGACACAUCUUCAAGUUUCGGCAGUUUUGCCGCUUCAUCACCAGGGAAAUCAAUACUCAACAGAAUCGAGUCAUCGGUGUCAAAUAACUCCGAUGACGAGACCCGCCAGUUCUGGCGGGACCAGUUACCUGACGACAUCAUUCCUGAUUUUAACGUUGUCGGAGAAGAAGAAUCCCAAACAAUCAACAGCAUUCCCUUUUCCAGUUUGUCAAUAGCAGAUGUCAAUGCUGCAUCAUCGGGUGGUAUGUUAGUGUCGAAAAAACAUGUGUUAUCGCCAUCUGCACCGAGUUUUCACCAUCCGUUGCUUACUGGUAUUAUUGAUGAGCCUCAUUACAAUGGUGAUCCGGGGCACGGGUACCUAGAUGACUUGUUUAACGACCAGCAGAUGGAGGGCACUGAUGUAAAUUCGUUUGAGUUUUUGGCUUCUCAGUUUCCUGGUUUUGCGGCUGAAAGUCUUGCGGAGGUUUAUUAUGCUAACGGGUGUGACUUGAAUUUGACGAUUGAGAUGCUUACGCAGCUUGAGCUUCAGGUAGAUAAUGGACUGAACCCGAAUCUGAACCUGAACGCCAGAGCCUUAUCCGCUCCAAAUCUCAGUGCUCUUGAUUUUCCCACUCUUUCCCCGACAGAUAAUCCAAACAACGUGCCAACGUUUUCCGUUAACGAUCACCACCCGAAUCAUCCUUCUUUGGAGAAGGAACUACUCAUGUUCAAAUCUUCCUCAAUGGCUCCAUCUUUAGGUGCUACAGAUUUUGCUUCUGCAGUUAAAAAAAUGGCAUCACAUGACUCGAGUAUAUGGAAGUAUGAUAACAACAACCAUUCUCCGAAUUCCACUGUUGGAUCAAGUAGAAGUUCUCAUAACUUAUCUAGCGGGUUUGGAAGAAGCGCUUAUGGGGAUAGGUUUGGUAACCGAAGUUCAAGCCGUAUCAGCGGUACUGCUCCUGUCUGGCUUGAAACCGGUGAAGCAGUCGCAAAUAUGUAUUCGGAAAUGCGGGGUGAAGCUCGUGAUCAUGCACGUUUACGCAACUCGUAUUUUGAACAGGCACGUCAGGCGUACCUUGUUGGCCAAAAGGCUUUAGCAAAGGAACUGAGCGCAAAAGGGCAAUUGCAUAACAUGCAAAUGAAGGCCGCUCAUGAAAAGGCUCAAGAAUCUAUUUACUAUCAGAGGAACCCAGGAAGUCUAGAUAUACAAGGCAACGGAAGAGGACAAGAAAGGAUAAUCGAUCUUCACGGGCUGCACGUGAAUGAAGCCAUUCACGUCUUAAAACGAGAUCUUAUGACACUAAGAAACAUAGCCAGGUCAACCGAUCAGCGGCUGCAAGCUUACAUCUGUGUUGGAACGGGUCACCACACUAAAGGGACCCGCACUCCUGCUCGACUUCCUGUUGCUGUCCAGAGAUACCUUUUAGAGGUAGAAGGCCUCGACUACUCCGAACCCCAGCCCGGACUGCUACGUGUUGUGCUUUAUUAAUCGUUAAUCAAAAUCCAGGUGGUAUACUCGUUUUUUGAAACCAUAACCCGGUUUUAUAAACAAAAAACAUAUUUUCAUGGAAAAAAACGAAAAAAAAUGAAAUUCUUGUAUGUGUACAUGGAAGUAAGGUCAGAGAGAUUAGUCAAUAGUCUGAAAAAAUUGGAAGUAAAAGGAAAAGUGUACUGUAUUUCUGUGUAUUAUAAAGGUUUUUGAUCAGUCAACAUAUGUGGCUGUUUUAUGGUGGUA